AUGAGGAACUUUGUGAAGUUCAACACAGACAGAUUAUUGAGAACCAUACUCUAUGUGGAAAGGGACCUGCGGGUCUUGGUGGAGAUAAAAACCACCGUUGUGUACCCUGCCACGGAGAAACACCUCCAGAAAUACCUGCGCCAAGAGGUGCACCUCAUCCGCGAAACCUGGGAGGAUUACGAGGCCAUAACGCUGCCCUUCAUCCAGUCCCAGAGCUUCAGCAUCCAGUGGGUGUACAAUAUCCUGGAGAAGAAAGCUGAGGCCGACCGAAUCGUCCAUGAAAACCCCGAUCCACACGACGGCUUUGUUUUAGUCCCAGAUUUCAAGUGGAAUCAAAACCAGCUGGAUGACCUCUACCUGAUAGCCCUUGUUCAGCGCCGCGACGUCAAAUCGCUCCGCGACCUCACCGCCGAGCACCUCCCGCUGCUGAGGAACGUCCUGCGAGAAGGGAAG